AUGGUCUUUCCUGACGCUGGAAGUCUCAUGAGAACCUAUAGCAGAGGAUUUCCAAGAGGCAUUUUGGGAACAGUAUUAUUUCCGGACAUAUAUAAGGCAGCUGAAAGUAGCACACCAGCAUAUCCAUUUUGGUCAAAAUAUGAUCAGUUUGUUUAUCAUGAAAAUCAGAGUUUGAAGAAAACAUUUCAAAAGUUUAGAGAUCAAUUGAUUCAAGACUAUUGUAUAACGAAUAAGAAUAAAAUAUGGGAAUGUUGUGAAAAGUUUAAUCAUCCUAGUUGUUCAAAAAUACCACCAAAUGCAAAAGUCUAUCAAACUAUGCUAAUGGAUCCAAUAAAUGAUAUUCCUUUAAUAUUUGCCUAUCUUUGGUGUACAAAAGCAUGGGCUAGUCUAAAACAAUUGAAUAUAAAACAACAAGAAAACAUUUUAGAUGGUAUUAAAAUGGUUGUCCCAAUCCAUGCCUUGGAAAUCCAUGCCGAACAGUUAAAGAAUGAUUAUGAAUGUGAAUGUGAUAAUGACAUGCUAUGGGAUAGAAAUAUGAAGAUAUGUCAACCAAUCAAUCCAUGUUAUAGAACAACUUAUCCAGCUUGUAUACAUGAUAAUACACUGAAGUGUAUUGCUUAUACACAUUCUGAAUAUGAAUGUGUUUGUAAAUCAGAAUAUAUGGGAAUCGACUGUUCUCUACCACGUGAUGCAUGCCAUGAAAGAGUUAAUAAGUCUGAGCGUAAUGGAGAUUCAUAUUGUCAAAUUCAACUAGGAAAUAUAUGUCAACCAAUAUUGGGAACAGAUUAUUAUACAUGUCAGUGUUUAGCUAGUUACCAGCCAUUAUUACACAUUUCUGAACCGAAUUGCUUAGGAAGAAUUGAUCCAUGCCUAACAAUACAUGCUGAUGAUAUUUUGACAAGAUCAAGUUUAAGUAAUGGCAUCGAUGUGAAUCAAAUUUAUCCUAAUGAAAAUAAGCCUAUCCAACCGAAUACAGUUAUACACUGGGGUCUUACUUGUUUAAAUGGUGGACAAUGUAUAACUUCAGCUGAUUUUACACGUGCUGCUUGUGUUUGUCCAACAGCUAUAGAUGGUACACUCCUGUAUACUGGAUUAAAUUGUGAAUAUCCAGUUGGAAUAUGGUCAACUUGGACACUUUCAUCUUCAUGUUUUCCAGAAGACUGUGGUAUAACACGUUAUCGUUGGCGAAGAAGAUAUUGCUUGAAUACUACUAGUUCAGAAUAUAUGUUGUCAAAUAUAGAUCAAUCAUUGUCUCAAUCAAAUGAAUGGAUUAUCAUAAAUAAGAGAAUACCACUUCCUUGCUCAGGAACCUCAGAAGAAACUUGUACUACUGAAGCAUUUAUCAAUAGUUAA